AUGUUCCUCACGCGGUCCGAGUACGACCGGGGUGUCAAUACAUUCUCGCCCGAGGGGCGGCUGUUCCAGGUCGAGUAUGCGCUUGAGGCCAUCAAGCUCGGCUCUGCGACCGUGGGCAUUGUGACGCCCGAGGGCGUCGUGCUCGGCGUCGAGAAGCGCGUGCAGUCGUCGCUGCUCGAGGCAAGCUCGGUCGAGAAAAUCAUGGAGAUCGACUCGCACCUGGGUGCUGCGAUGUGCGGGCUCACCGCGGACGCGCGCACCAUGAUCGACCAUGCGCGUGUGACGAGCCAGAACCACCGAUUCGUCUACGACGAGGCUAUCAAGGUCGAGAGUAUUGCGAAUGCCGUGUGCGAUCUUGCGCUGCGGUUCGGCGAGAACACCGAGGACGACGAGGCGCUCAUGAGCCGUCCUUUUGGUGUGGCGCUCCUGAUCGUCGGCAUCGACGAGAAGGGUCCGCAGCUCUACCACGCCGACCCGUCUGGCACGUUCGUGCGAUACGAGGCCAAGGCGAUCGGCAGCGGCGCGGAGGGUGCGCAGGGCGAACUGCAGGAAAAGUACCGCCCUGACCUCUCGCUGCACGACGCGUCGCUCCUCGCACUGCGCGUCUUGAAGCAGGUAAUGGAGGAGAAGCUCGACGCACACAACGUACAGCUCGCGCAGGUCACACCUACCAAGGCGAAGGACGGCCGCGUGACCGGCCAAUUCCAGAUCCUCGACGAGCCCGCGCUGCAGGCGCUCGUCGAGGCCAUGUAG